UUUAACCCCACUUUGGUAGCCUAGCACGUGUCACCAUCCUAAGGCUAUAAAAAUAUCUUGGCAUUUCUUCACCGUUGAAAUGCUUCCCCACUAUGAUAUAUAGGGUUUCGUGGGGGUCCCUCCUUUCUCGCAUCACAAAUUAGAUAAAAGUGGGUCCGAAUAUUUUUCCUCUAAGAAAAAAGGUACGCAUGGCAUCCAUUCACCGCAACCAUCACUCGCAGCCCCAACACCACCACCACCACCACUCGCCGCCCCAUAUUGAACGGCAAGAACAUGAUGAAGUCAUCACCCUCCCCUCCGAUCCUCUUUUGGGUGAACCCCAUGAGUACACAAUCACCGCCUUUGGUCCUCCGCCUGACGCGGCGGAAACAAAUCCGUCGCCACCACCCUUACCUCCACCCUCCUCCGACAUUAUGCCGCUUUUGAAGGAAGAGCCGGCGGACUUAGAGGGGUCCCUUGCAGUGACUCCAUCGCCGCCGCCACAAACGGGUGCGUUGGUGGCGGCGCCACCUAAGAGGUCCAGCAGGGAUCGCCACACCAAAGUUGAGGGUCGUGGCAGGAGAAUCCGCAUGCCAGCGGCUUGCGCGGCCCGAAUCUUCCAACUGACGCGAGAGCUAGGUCACAAGUCCGACGGCGAGACAAUCCGCUGGCUUCUUGAACGGGCCGAGCCCGCCAUCAUCGAAGCCACCGGCACCGGAACCGUUCCCGCCAUCGCCGUCUCCGUCAACGGUACGCUAAAAAUUCCUACGACACCCAGCACUGCCUCCACUUCCCCAGAAACCGCCGGAGAUGGAGCUAGAAAGCGACGAAAAAGGGCUCAAAGCAGUGAGUUUUAUGAUGUCGCCAAUUCUUCCAAUCUUGCCCCUGUAGCACCCAUUGCACCGCAAGGGCUUGUUCCGUUAUUUCCAAGCGGCACAUUUUUCAUGAUCCCGCCCACGGCUGGUGCCGCAACAAUCGCGGCUGCUGGGCCGUCUAACCAACCCCAGUUUUGGGCCAUACCUGCCACCGCAACACCGGUUUUCAGCAUUUCUGGGAGGCCCAUGUCGAAUUUCGUUUCGGCAAUGCAAGCGGGAGUAAACAUGAGUUUUAGUACUAGCUCCACCACCACCACCACAAUUAAUCCAACCGCCGUAGGUGGUGGUGCGGCUGCUUCUUCUGGUAACACUGAAAGUGGUGAAAACUCUGGUGGAAAGAUUUCAAUUUCAACAACAAUGGCACCAAGUUCAAGUUCUGUAACGAGUAAAACCACAGUAGCAACUGGUACACAAACGCUUAGGGACUUUUCACUGGAGAUUUAUGACAAGAAGGAGCUUCAGUUUAUGUCGGGUUCAGGUCCUGGAAAUCAUGAACAGACCCCAUCUUCUAAACCCUGAUGACUCAAGAUUGGGGUUUUAGCCCAUAUAUUUUCAGUGCUUUUCUAUUUUUCUGUCUUUUAACCAUGGAUUAGCUCGCAGUUAUCAAGCCUUUUUGCUUUAUUCAGGGUAUUUCUUCUCCUAUCGUUUAAUAAUUUGUAAAUGCUCUCCGAUUGAUUCUAAUGUAACUCUACUUUGCGAG